AUGGCUGAAUUCAAAUAUCUGAUCCACUUCGCAGAUGUAAAGGGAGACAGGUUCUUUGCCGAUAUCGACUCUACAGAGCCCGCCAUUGGGGCUCAAAUCAAUGCAUAUCGUUCAUUCCAAGACCUGAAGGAGAAGAAAAAUGGUGCAAUUACCACCAUUUCCAAGCUCCUGCCUCCUGUCCCUGCACACGAUCAGCCGAUCUACUGUGUCGGACUUAAUUACAGAAGCCAUGCAAAAGAAGCAAAUCUGAAUGUCCCCGCCAAUCCACCAGUGUGGACAAAGCCUGCCGCCGCUCUGGCCGGUCCCGACGAGACAAUCGCGAUGAACCGAUUCUGUGCGUCCCACUUACCAGACUGGGAGGGCGAGCUCUGCUUCGUGACCUCGCGCGAAUGUCGAGACCUCACCGUCGAAGAGGCAUCGUCAUGUAUUCUGGGCUAUACCAUCGGGAAUGACCUAUCCUGCCGCUUCUUCCAGCUCCCCGAGCAGUCCGGCGGCCAAUACUUCUACGCCAAGGCCUUUGAUAGAUUUGCGCCGGUUGGUCCGGUGCUGGCGCACCCUUCCGUCUGGGGCAAGGUUCAGAAGACAGCGCGAUUGGUGACGCGCGUCAAUGGACAAGUCAAGCAGGACUCUCACGUGAGCACAGAUAUGAUCUACGAACCGGCGAGGAUUCUCAGUUGGAUGUCACAGGGCACCACGAUCCCAGCGCAUACGAUUGUUAUGACAGGGACUCCUGCGGGUGUGGGUGUAUUUCAGUCCCCCCGACAACUUCUCCAGGAUAAGGACUCGGUCGAGAUCGAGAUUACCGGUCUCGGAGUGCUAAAAAACCAAAUUGCGUUCGAAGAAGGCCAGGACAAUAUGCUGUGA